GGAGCUGGAAGCAUGGGCUUUCUAGGGGCCCUGGCAGGCUGGGGGCUUCUGGAUUACAAAACGGAGAAGUAUGUGAUAACCAGGAACUGGCGGGUGGGCGCCCUGCAGAGGUUGCUGCAGCUCGGGGUCAUGGCCUACGUGGUGGGGUGGGCUCUCCUCGCCAAAAAAGGCUACCAGGAGCGAGACCUGGACCCCCAGAUUUCUGUCAUCACCAAACUCAAAGGGGUUUCUGUGACCCAGAUCAAGGAGAUGGGUAAUCGGCUGUGGGAUGUAGCAGACUUCGUGAAGCCACCACAGGGAGAGAAUGUGUUCUUCUUGGUGACCAAUUUUCUUGUGACUCCAGAACAAGUUCAGGACAGGUGUCCAGAGCACCCCUCCAUCCCGCUGGCUACCUGCUGGGCUGAUGAGGACUGUCCGGAAGGGGAGACUGGGACGCACAGCCAUGGUAUAAAAACGGGCCAAUGUGUGGAAUUCAAUGGGACCCACAGGACCUGUGAGAUCCAGGGCUGGUGCCCUGUGGAGAGCGGCACUGUGCCCGCGAAGCCCCUACUGGUCCAGGCAGAGAACUUCACCUUGUUCAUCAAGAACACUGUCACUUUCAGCAAAUUCAACUUCUCCAAGUCCAAUGCCUUGGACACCUGGGACGCCACUUAUUUCAAGCGCUGUCGCUACGACUCACGCUACAGCCCCUACUGCCCUGUGUUCCGCAUCGGGGAUCUCGUGGCUGCAGCUGGAGGGGUGUUUGAGGACCUGGCAUUGCUGGGAGGUGCUGUGGGCGUCCAAGUCCGCUGGGAUUGUGACCUGGAUGCUGGGGGCUCCGACUGCCGGCCUCACUAUUCCUUCCAGCUGCAGGAGACGAGCUACAACUUCAGGACAGCCACUCACUGGUGGAAGCCCUCAGGUGUGGAGGCCCGGAGUCUGCUCAAGCUCUAUGGGAUCCGCUUUGACAUCCUUGUCACGGGGCAGGCAGGGAAGUUCGGGCUCAUCCCCACGAUCAUCACUCUGGGCACCGGAGCAGCUUGGCUGGGUGUGAUCACCUUCUUCUGUGAUCUGCUGCUGUUGUAUGUGGACGAAGAAGCCCAUUUCUACUGGAGGACCAAGUAUGAGGAGGCAAAGGCCCCGAAGGUGACCACCAACCCUGAGCGGACAGAGCCAGCUUCUGCACCCCCGUGCAUGGCUGCCCAGGGGUCUUAGAGGGGACCCAGUCUGGGAGCCAGACAUCAACACCAGAGUGACCAUGCUGAGGCUCCGGCCCCCCACUCACUGGCCUGUUUCUGAGACCUGUAGCUGUUCCCCGCUGGUUGCAGGGUGGGGGCCCUACUGUGGGCACCUCCUGGAUAAAGCCCCAGCAGGAUUAGGGUGUGAGGGGGGUGGGGAAUUCCACCCUUCCACUCCCAGACAGACUGUCCCUCCCCUGACUCCAGCUCCAGCAGGAUGCUGCCUGGGGGAGCCAGAGAAGCCAGUUUUGCCUAGAAACCUGUAGCAGAACAGGAGCCACAGAGAAGGGGAGACCCUGGGACACCCACAUGGUAGGGUAAUGGUCUGGUGAGGCUCCUGCUAUAUCUAGGUCUAAAGAACUUUCCCCCAGCUUCCAUCACCAGUGUUCUCAGUACUGAUUCUCUCACUGGCUAGGGCAGACUCCAGCCCUUCUCCCCCUACCAGCACCCCCAUCUUAGGUAGAACCCCUCCCUCUCAGCUGUGCCACACUGGGGUCUAUGCAACUGGAGUCUGAAGCAAGGUAGAAAGAGCCCUGACAAGAGGGAUUAUCUCAGCUUCUCUGGUGUUGGGUUGCCCGAGGCAGGUUCCUACCCAACUCUGGGCCUCAUCCAUGAAAUGAAGGGUGGGUAGGCAGACAGAUAAUCCAACCCCCUGGGACCCCAGGCAAGGGCACAGGCACCCUUUGGUCUAACACCUGCCCAGCUUAUGAGCAUCAACUCCUUCUUGGUGGUAGCCCUUGAGCUGUGGAGGACUGGGAUGGAGAAGAGAAGGUGGAGGGGCUGGGUUAGUGGUCACUGGGUCCUUUGGGAUCUUCUAUAUGCUUCCUCAUUAACCCCCAGCCCUGGAACCUGCUCACCGGAGCCAUGAGAUUAGUGAGCUGUCCAUCUGCUACCCGAGGUCACAUCUAAGAACCUAUCAAGGCAUCUGCACGUCCCUGGAAGGAAUGUCCCUAACAAAGGACACAAAGGACCCCAGCAGACUGGCCUGGUAUCUUUCCAAGGUCUGAGUCCUGCCUGCUGGAGAAUUACGCACCCCCACCCCCAGCCCCACAGUCAGGAAGGGAAGAAAGGGGCUGCAGGAGUCAAAGUCUCCCCUGGUCCCAGGGCAGAGGCAAGGAUUUGGGAGUACCUACUCCAGGGAGGCAAGGGGCUUCUUUCUCAUGGGUCCCUGGUGACCAGGACUGUGCUGGCAGCUUGGCAGUGGAGUCACAAAGGCCAUUUGGGGAGGACCAGGGCUGAGGCUCAGGCUGAAGUAGUAUCUGGGAGGCAUCUGGAGCCCCAGCAAACCCUCGGGGUCUCUGGUACUUCUCAGUCCCCAGAGCGAUGUCCAUGGGGAGGCAGGUUCAGAAGAGCCAGGGUGAGAGAACAUGGCUCUGAGGCCUGGUUAUUGGAAUGGGAUCACAUGUAUCUGGUUGUCCUCAGGGCCCAGAGAAAGCUGUCAUAGCUACUGAGAGCUAAGGAGUAAAG